UUUUAGACACGCCAAAACGAGAAAAUAUUUCAAAAAUUAAUAUGUCUGGAGAUAAUGAACCAAAAUUUACGUUUCAGUAUUUAGAUGGAAGAAAAUUCCCUUCUCUUGAAAGCAAGGAGAAUAAGGAAUUAUUGAUGAAAUGGUCAAUGAAAGGAAGGAUUUGUGCACAGAUGUUCAGUUUUGACCAACCAUUUCAAUCUUAUCAAAAGGAUGACUUUGUAAAGGACUUCAUGAAGGAUCCAAAAGUAAUUUCCAAUUUACGCAUGAUAUCUGGGGACAAGUGGACAGUUGUUGGAAUUCCGGCUACAAGUGUGACGGCUGAGGUUGUACCAUGCUCUGUCCUGUCCAUGACUCUCUUUGACAGACUCACAGACAAAGGUGUAGUGAGGGAGUCAGGACACAUCAGCAAAUGUUUUGAUGAGUUCUGUGGAGAAUUCCAGAUCUCAGAUGAACUAAGAAAAAUGCUGUUAAUUGAUGAUUCUGAUAACUAUUGUCUGUACAGUGAUUCAGAGAGGGAUGAAUUUUUAUUCCGAAUAUUUUUCCAUCUCUGCCUUGGUGGAAGAUUUAAUCAGUUUGAAGAUGAAAUACAACCGUACUUAGAUGUCACCAAACAGAUCUACAAGGAUUUAAUCAGUGUUCAAAAGAAUCCAGAUACUAAAGAGCUCAGUAUUGUCUCCUGUGUGUUCAAGAUUACUGCAAAAGAUGGUGAAGAAAUGUUUUAUCCUGCAAAAGUGGACCAUGAAAACACAUUUUCAUAUCUUGUGGUCGACCCAAUAAAAAGAACAGCAGCAGUUCUAUAUCACAACUUUGGUGCUAGUGAAUUUGAGUGAUAUAUUGAUUAACAAAACACGUCAAAUGUGAUGACCAUUCAAAGCAAUGAGAAUCUCUCCAUGUUCAUUGUGUCAAGGGAAAUAACUAUGCUCUUUGUCCAAAUUAUUGGACAAGAACUUAGUUUGGUGAUGUUUCUUCCUCAGAUUAAGAACCUGCAAUCUAAGCUUCUAUUUAUUAAGAUAGACUGAUGAUCUGCCUAUUAAAAAUGUCAACAAGUAUUGAUGGUUGAUAAAUAAUUUAUUAAAUUCAAGCUUUAAAACUUUAA